UGAGUCGAGCGGCGGCAACUUCUUCUGCCUUCAUAAUAAGUCAGCAUGGCAGCGUCCACUGUACACUUUACUCUCCAUUUGCUUCUGUUUACUGCUUCUCUGGUGCUUUUCUCUAGCCUGACCGCCGGUGACACCACCGCACGACCGGAUGAAGUCUUGACAAAUGCGGGCAUCGGCACAAAAUCCACCGGGGAAGCUCCAAGAAGAAGCCCUCAAAAAAGUGCACCACUUCACUCCAAGGAUGCUCCAGGCGAGGAGGAAGAAGAUCCUUUGCAAUUGGAGAGGAGGCCCAUCCGGAGCAUUAAGGUAGCCCAGAAGUCCAAAAGUGUCCUGAAGAAGCCAAAAGUCACCAGGAAGCCAAAAGUGGCUAAGAAAUCCAAACCCACCGUUGGGAAAGGUUCGAGUCUGCCUGUUGCCAAGGAGACGGCGACACGUACGUAUGACUGUCCUCCUCUGGGUCUGGAGUCCCUCAAAGUGAAGGACACUCAGCUGAGGGCCUCGUCCUACAAGCGACGAGGUCUGGGCCCUCACCGGGGCCGACUCAACAUCCAGUCGGGAAUUGAGGACGGCGACAUCUACGACGGCGCCUGGUGCGCCCACGACCGCGACAGGAAGCAGUGGCUGGAGGUGGACGCUCUGCGCUUGACCCGCUUUACCGGAGUCAUCCUGCAGGGGCGUAACUCCAUCUGGAGUUGGGACGUGGUCCACUCCUACAAGGUGCAGUUCAGUAACGACUCCCUGGUGUGGACGCCUUGCAUGAACGGGACGGAAGAGGCGGUCUUUGAAGGCAACCAGGACGCGGAGACACCGGUUCUGGCUCUCUUGGAGGCGGGGUCCACAGUGGCUCGCUACAUCCGCAUCAACCCUCAGACGUGGUACCAGAACGGGACGCAGGGGAACAUCUGUCUGAGGGCGGAGGUCCUCGGAUGCACGAUUCCAGAUCCAAACGUCAUGUACGCCUGGCAGGCAGAACCCACCAGGGACAAACUGGACUUCAGACACCACAACUACAAAGACAUGAGGAAGUUGAUGAAAUCGGUGAACGAUGCUUGUCCCGACAUUACUCGCAUCUACAGCAUCGGGAAAAGCUACACCGGCCUCAAGCUGGUUGUCAUGGAGAUCUCCGAUAACCCGGGAAAACACGAGUUGGGAGAACCCGAGUUCCGCUACGUGGCCGGGAUGCACGGGAACGAGGUUCUGGGCCGCGAACUUCUUCUCAACCUGAUGCAGUACAUGUGCCGAGAGUACAAGAAAGGCAACCAGCGCAUCGUGAGGCUGGUCCAGGAGACCCGCAUCCAUCUUCUGCCCUCCAUGAACCCCGACGGGUACGAGAUGGCCUUCAAAAAGGGAUCUGAGCUGUCCGGGUGGACUUUGGGUCGUUACAGCUACGAAGGCAUCGACAUGAACCACAACUUCGCCGACCUUAACUCCGUCAUGUGGACGGCCAUCGAGCUGGAGACGGACCGCUCCAAACUCAUCAACCACUACUUCCCCAUUCCAGAGGAGUAUGCCUCAGAGGACGCCUUUGUGGCGUCAGAGACCCGAGCCGUCAUCAACUGGAUGCAGAACAUCCCGUUUGUUCUCAGUGCCAGCCUGCACGGCGGAGAGCUGGUGGUCACGUACCCGUUCGACAUGACCCGCGACUGGGCGCCUCACGAGCACACGCCUACCGCCGACGAGAGCUUCUUCCGCUGGCUGGCCACCGCCUACGCCAGCACCAAUCAGGUGAUGUCCAACCCUGACCGCAGGCCGUGUCACAAUAAGGACUUCCUGAGGUACAACAACAUCAUCAACGGCGCCGCCUGGCACAACGUACCAGGAAGCAUGAAUGAUUUCAGCUACCUGCACACAAACUGCUUCGAGGUGACGGUGGAGUUGUCCUGCGACAAGUUCCCCCAUGCCAGCGAGCUGCCUGUGGAGUGGGAGAACAACCGCGAGUCUCUGCUGGUCUACAUGGAGCAGGUGCACCGUGGAAUUAAAGGCGUGGUCUGUGACAAAGAUACAAACGCUGGGAUCGCAGAUGCCGUCAUUAAAGUAGACGACAUCGACCAUCACAUCAGAUCAGCAUCCAAUGGUGACUACUGGCGCCUGCUCAAUCCCGGCGAGUACAAGGUGACGGUGACCGCCGAGGGCUACCUCCCGUCCUCCCGCACCUGUCAGGUCAUGUACGACUACUUCCCAACCAUCUGCGACUUCAACCUCACCAAGAUACCCAAACGGCGCAUGAAGAUUUUGGAAAAAGGAGGUAAACUUCCCAAAGAUCUGCAGCUGCGUUUACGUCAGCUGCGUCUCCGCAAGCUCCGCCUCGCCGGCAAGGCCAUCAAUCAGCAGCGUGCCGGAGCUGCGUCCGCUAAACGGGCCAAGAGGAUGUGAUGAUGACAUUUAGAGACGGCAGCUUCUACCCAUGGUGCUAAACAUCUCCCGAAUCUGACAUGUUUAUGGACUAUAAGUCUCAGUGAAGGUCAGUAUCCAUGUCGUCUUGUUUGCAUCGUCCUUCACGACUGGACUAAAUGUGAACUAAACUACAUAAUGUCAUGGAGGUAAGAUGUUUUUUUCCUCCCAUGAAAUUACGAAGAAUAAUUAUGAUUUAGAUCUUAAUUUUUAUUAUUACACAUUUGUCAUUGUCCUUUACAUGUUUAAAUUUAAAAAAAAAAAGUCUAAUUACAAAUGGUGAGCUUCCACUUGACAGUGCUCCUCAUCUUUGGUGGAGUGGAAACUUCCACAUCUGUUGUGAGGGGGAGAAAAAAAAAGUGAUCUGCAAGGGAAUAUCUGAAUUCUUAAAAAAAAAAAAACAAAUGGGAUUAUUGACCUUGUUGUGACGUUACAGGUGUCUGCUGCUGCUGGAAAGAAGCCAUGAUGCUGUUGGCUGUCGAGUUUGGGCCCGUGAUCUGAAAAUCAUAGACAAGUUUCUAUUAUUUCUAAAAUUCCAAAUACUUUAUAUCAGCAAGUUAAUCUUCAAACAGCUAAAAUAAUGCAUAAGGCUAAAAAUAAGCAAUUAGCUAAAAAUGUCAUCCAAUACUUCUCUACAAGAGAGGAGAAAUAUGAUCUCAGGGAAGAAGUACAUUUGAAACACUUCUAUGCUAGGACUACGUUAUGCUAGCCAUAGCAUUUCAGUAUGUGGAAUCAAACUAUGGAAUGGAUUGAGUAAGGAAAUCAAACAAUGCACAACGAUGAGCCAA